GAGGUCAUAUUUAAUAAAAUUUUAGAAAGUUUUAUCCACCAGCAUGUUGUUGAGCACUAUUCGCAAUUUAAUUUGAAUGCGGUGACUUGUCGGUUACGAGCAGAAGGUCAUUGCAGGCUUCGAUUUUCUAUAAUACUAGAAGCUAUCUAGACAGUACUUAAACAGAAAGCUGGAUAGAGACACUUCGUCACAUCAAGCUACGAGAGAGUAUAUCAUCAUCUCACCGAAUUCUACUCGAACACCGCAUCGAAAUCAGGUCACGUGACGUAUAAGAUGGCGCCAAUCACACGGAGAGUGUAUACUACAUACUUGAUGCUGGCCAUGCUGUGUGUACUAGCUACAUACCAGGGUGCAUCAGGAGGUGCCAACGAUGUCGAGGAAUUCACGUCUGCCUCCCCAUCAACGAACAGGAACAUAUUGGAAGCCUCCUGUGCAACACAAGGAGAAUCGUGUCGCCUCACUGGUAGUACUAGGUGUUGUGGUAAUCUGGAGUGUGAAACACACAACGGAGAGAAGUGCCAGGGAUCACAAUCAAGCUGUAUUUGUAGAAACCCAUUCACCACCAAUUCUGGCUUCUAGAAACCUGCUAGAAAUGACUGUUCAUCAUGAUUGAAAGUGCUCAGAGCUAGCCUUAUAUCAAUUUACAUUUACAUGUAGUUAAUGCUGAUAUAAUUUGUAGGCAUAUACCAGCUCCCCCAUACGUAAAUUAAUUAUGUACAUGAAUUUUGGUGAUUGGUGAGAUAUUAAUAUUUAUGUGAGGUAAUUUGUACGUGAUAUCUGUUAUUUGCAGACACUCUAUUAACUUGUCAACCACAACUUUUGCUACAGGAUCUGAGCUAUACUGAACUUACACCAUACUUUCAUAGACACUGUAAUAUUUUCAAUACUUAUCUAUAAUAUGUUAUUUAGAAAUUGUUAAGCUUGUUUAGACUUCUAGCGGAAGAAAUGUUGUAUAGUUUUCGAAAAGAGUGUGUGCUUGAAGACUACUCAACCACUGUUUCACCUGCGAUAUCAUAGACCAUUAUGAAAAUGUAUUUAGAGAAAUAUCGAAUUAUAGGUAGUAUGAUAUCAUUUAUUAAUUUAGCAUUUCACUUGUCAAUUGUUUACU